UUGUGGGUUAUUUUACUUCAUGCAGGAGCUGCAAGUAACUCAAAUUUGAGUGAUGAUAAAAAGAAAGGAAGGAAAAACCCUAAGCCUCGUCAUUUAAGUUCCUAUGGGAAGCCUAAUAAUACCUCACCAGUUCAACCUUCAGAAACAGAAACCAAGAGCGAAGGCAAAAGAGUUUGCUUCAAAACCGAUGCUGACGUAAGACAGAUGAAGCAAAACACUUCUUCUUCUAGAGAAAAUCAGUUGAUCAUAAAAGAAACUGUCAUGGAGAAUUUGCCCACUGUCACAACUCAAUUUAGGUCAGACCAAAUCAAUGACCGUCAAGUUAAACCUGAGAAGUCGAAGAAGAAUGCGGAAAGUUAUUGUUUAGGGUUUGAGCAAUGUGUGAAGAUCAUAAGACAGCUUGAGUGUUCAGGUAAUGUUGAGAGCAGUUUUAGACAAAAGUUUUUGACUUGGUUUAGCCUAAGAGCGACAGCUCAGGAGAUCAAUACUGUCAAGACAUUCAUACAUGCUUUCAAGGAUGAUUCAACGGCUCUGGCUGAACAGCUCGUUGACACAUUCUCUGAUUGCAUAUGGAGAAAGGGUCCUGCGAUUGGCGAUGGCGAUGGAGGUGGCAGUAACGGUAUCUCAUGUAAGAAGCCGCGACAUUGAUCUAGAGGAGAUUAUGUAAACAUUGUUUCAAGUUUAAGUCUUUUUCUUUCUUUGGGAUCACGUAGAAAGAAUUCAACUUCUUUUUUUUUAUCUUCAUUAGACUUUAUAGCAUUAUUCGAACAUUUUCACGGGCAUCAGAAUUUGGUGAUUGAUAUGGAUUUUCUCUUUUUCUAGUGUGAUCUAUUCUUUUCCACCCUCGAUUAUUGAAGAUUGAUAUCUUAGCAUU